GGUGAAUGAUAAAGGAAGGUCGAUGAACACUAAAACAGCUUUAUUUACUGCAUGGUGUUUCGUACAUUUAUUAAGACACGGGGUUGCAAUGAAAGUCUAUGCAGCUGACUUUGUCUUUGUGCUGCUUGGCAGGUUGUUGCUGGUUCAUUGUUCACACAUACCUUUAAACUUAAUGACGGAAUUCAAUAAUGACAUCGAAAAGGAAUUUCAGCAGACUGACCUCAAUAACAAUGGCAUACUUGAUCUUCAAGAGUUUGAAACUCAGCUACAGCAGCAAGACUUAAAUAAUGACGGUUGCAUUUCUUUCAUAGAAUUUAACAGAGUUCGAAGAAGCAACCCACUUAUGUUUACUUGGGCGAUGUUUAAUCAUUUUGACCACAACCAGGAUGAUUGCCUUGAAAUAACUGAUGAAAUUGAAGAGUUCAGUGAAAUCGACAUAAAUCCUAAAGACAAUGAAUUAACUCUCAAGGAACUUGAAUCGUACUAUGACCAGCUGUAUGAGACAUUUGCUCCAAUGCUUGGAAUUAUAGAACAACCAUGAGUGUUCCUGAAUGAAGUUACACAUUUUGUGUAUUAAUACUUGAAAUAAAAGAUACCAAUGUUCCAUGUUCGAAAAGCGAA